CUGCUUGUUUUCGUCCACGGUCCACCGGCGAGAGACGGAGGGAGAGAGAUGGGUAACACAAGUAAAGAUCUUUUACGCUUCGAGUACAAGAACUCCUCUACUUCAGCUAUAGAAUCUGCAUUACUUGUUUGUAACAAGAAGGACUCGUUCUCUGAAACCCAUAAACCUGACCCUGACAAAAAGCUCGUUACUGCUCCCAUUCCUAAAAGCCAAGGAUAAUGCUCAGGCAUAUGAUAUUGAAGUAUUUACUGGAAAUGAAUCCAAUGUCAUUGAAAUGGAUCUUGCUGGGUGUAGCUGAUCUUAACACCCCAGAGGCUGUGGCUGCUGCUGAAUCUGCAAUUGCUGGUAAUCAGCCGGUGAUUCGUUUGGCUGCAAGUAGUAGCGAAGCAGAAUCAGAUGAUGGUGGCGGUGAUUCUGAUUAUGACGAGAACAAUGAAGAUAAUGGCAAUGAUGAUAACAAAGCUUACUCUCCCAUGACGCUCGAGACAAGCGAAGAUGAUUCAUCAAGUAAAUCAGCUAAAAAACAUCCAAGAAUUAUUGAACUCUCAUGAAAACUCUUUUUGGUUUGAAAGAUGUUGGUGAAGAAGGCAGGAUGACACCACCUGUCAAAGAAGGCAUGUAUGUUUACUUGUAUAAACGAGUUCGUACUUAUGUGUGUGCAAAGGUAUCUUUAAAAGACAUCUGAUGAAAUUGUACUAUAGAAUUUUGCAUUGAAUCAGCCAUGCAUGCUAACGGAGCCUCAGAUUUAUCUCUAAUUUUGUUCCUGAGCUUGUGGGCAUUGGACUUUCAUCAAAACAGGGUGUUUUGGCAACAUUGAUUCUACUUAAAGACAAGGAUGGCGACUUUGAUUCUUGUUACAUAUGAUUAUGAAUAUUGUAGGAAUAACUCCUACCCUUUUUUUUUUCAACUAAAAUAUAAUGAUUCAUGACUCGGCAUUUUUAAUUCUUCUUCUUUACCGUGUUCAAAGAUGUAUGUAAUUCCAGGCGUACUUUUUUUAAAUUUCAUUUAUAUUCAUCCCGUCUUGGAAUGUUUCAACUUUCAACUCCUGCUCUAUCCUUUGACAAAACGUCAUGGUACAGAUAGGUUGGAGAUCUCUCUCUUGAUAAUUGUCUUCAUUCUUCUCUUUUUAUGCCUUGAAGAAAGAACGAAAAUUUGGGGUGAUUUAUCUGAUUUAGGAAAUAGUUUAGCAUUAUUUAAUGAUUUUGAUAGUAAGUUUGAUCAAAUAGUUCUUCUGGUUCAAGGCUUUUUUUUUUUUUUUUUAAUUUUAAUUAAUCAUUAUACCUUUU